AUGGCAUCCACUGGGACCAUCACCUACCAGGACUCGCUGAACUCGCAAUAUCUGUCCAGCUCCUUGUCCAGCCUCUCGAGGUCACGGAACACGAACUCGCUGAUCGUCCGCACGUACAAGCAAGCCAGGCAGUUGUAUCUGACCAAGAGAUUCAAGGAGGCCUGGGAGACCCUCGAGCCCAUUGUAUCUGCGCAGCAGCCAUCGCAAGGUCCUGCUAAUGGCCAUGGGGAUGCUAGCGGACCCGCUCCGAUCGCCCAGAGCUCCAAGGGCACACGAACGAAAGUCUGGGUCUUCUACAUCACUCUAUUGUCCUCGAUAGUGGACAUCGGACCCGAGCAAGGGAGGAACACCUUCGGCUCCGCGAUAUGGAGACGCUUGGUCACCAAGGUCAGAGAGGGUACCAUCUGGGAUGAGAUCGUGCGACUUGGCUACGGAGGAAGUGAAGGAGACGUCGAUCCAGAUGUGGUCGUGAACCUGGCAACACUACUUGAGAGCCACAUGCAGAGCCAGAAGCUCAAUCAACAGCACCUAGAGGCCUAUCUCUCUGCAUCAGCGGAUGCAGCACAACUGGCCUUCUAUCAAGAUGGAACCGCGACGCCCAUGUCAAAUCAUACGUCCUCGCCGAAAGAGCUGACCACUCGUCUGAAGAUCAUCGAGCUUUACGCUCUGCACGUCCUUCCGGCCAACGAAGAAUGGGAAUACGCGCAACAAUUCAUCGAGAUGAACGACAUGCUGGACGAGGAGCGACGCGAAGCAUUCUUACAUGCUCUGCACAGCAUAAAAGACGAGAAAGAUGGUACCGCGCAGCGCGAGCGCGAGUUGGAAGAGCUGAGGGAGCGCGAGAUGGAGGAACAACGAGCUGCAGAAGAAGUGAAGCGCAAGGAGGAGGAACGCAAAGAGCAGGAUCGCAGGAAGGCUGCCGAAGCAGAGACGGUCCGGUCAAGCGGACCUGCGAGCAGCAACACAAGGUCUUUCAAUGGCGCAUCGUUUAAUGGCAGACCGAGCUCGAGCGACCACAAGUCGCCUGGGCAAUCGGCAUCCAAAGCUUCGAAGUCGCAAAAGAAGACGCGUAUACAGCCGCGAAGCUUGUACGGUCGGGCGUCCUUCAUCCUGCACAACCUCCAGCACAUGAUAAUGCAGGUUGGGCGCAAUGUGACGGGCGACAGCAUGGCGCUUAUGCGGUUCCUCAUGUUCAUGGUCGCACUGAUCCUAGUGAUGGCCCGGAGAGACAUUCGUGAGCGACUAAAGCGGGUUUUGCAAAAUAGCUGGGUGAAGAUCCGGUCAACUGUUGGUAUGGGCGUCAAAGUGUCUUACGUAUAG